GCUUGUGGCGUACGAUACCGAAUUAGAGUACUCUGCAUCAUGCACGUUUGUUACUCAUCAAAAUUGGGAGAGUGCCCAGAGGAAGAUGUGAUGUCAUGAUCUGGUACAUCGCAAAAGUGCGGGGGAGGGGGGAACAGUUCCCUCUUUGUGUGGAAGCAAAUACUUAAGCUUGGGAUUUUCUCGAGUUUUGCAAUCGAUCGUUUUAUAUCAAUUGAUAUAGUUUCCGAACAACAAAUCAAUAGAUCAAAACAUUAACACCAAACAAAAAUGUCAACAUCGACACCAACACCCCAUCCCCAGCAUGGUGUUCCAUGCGGUACCAGUACCCCACGCCCAGGUCUUCGCAAUACCGCUGCACCAGGUGUAAGUCCUCCCUUUCUCACUCUCCCAUAUACAAAUUGCUAAUAUCAGUUAGGUCCCCUUUUACACACCCCUCCAAUUUCCUCCCUCUGGCACAGCCCUCUCCCCCAAUCCCCCCAAACUCUUCACUCCUCUAAAAAUCCGCUCCCUCACCCUCCAAAACCGCAUCAUGCUCUCCCCAAUGUGUCAAUACUCCGCUUCUAACGGUCAUUUCACCCCCUGGCACAUGGCCCAUCUCGGCGGUAUAAUUUCUCGAGGCCCCGGUCUCUCAAUGGUAGAAGCUACUGCCGUAUUACCCGAAGGACGAAUUACACCCGAAGAUAGUGGUCUUUGGCUUGAUUCUCAGGGCGAAAAAUUAAAAGAAAUCGUCGAAUUUGCGCAUUCCCAAGGUCAGAAAAUUGGUAUUCAAUUAGGUCAUGCAGGCAGAAAAGCAAGUAUGGUAGCACCCUGGCUCGAUCGUGCUGCAAUCGCUUCACCAGAUGCAGGCGGAUGGCCCGACAAUGUUAAAGGACCAAGUGCGAUUCCCUUCGACGGAAACCACUGUGUGCCCAAGGCAAUGACAUUGGAAGACAUCCAAACAUUUAAAAACGCAUGGGUAGCAGCUCUUGAAAGAGCAUUAAAGGCUGGUUUCGACGUCAUCGAAAUUCAUAAUGCGCACGGAUAUCUUCUCCAUGAAUUUUGUUCUCCGGUUUCUAAUAAAAGAACGGAUCAAUAUGGAGGCAGUUUCGAGAAUAGAAUUCGUUUGACCCUUGAAAUUGUCGAACUUACCCGUGAAAAUAUUCCGGAUUCAAUGCCGCUUUUCUUGAGGAUUAGUGCGACGGAUUGGUUAGAUUAUGAGGGAUUUGAGGAAGAUAGCUGGAAAGUAGAAGAUUCAGCACGAUUGGCGCAGAUAUUGGCGGAUAAGGGAGUCGAUCUUAUGGAUGUUAGUUCGGGGGCUAAUCAUCCUGCGCAAAAAAUUACGGCGGGUCCUGGAUAUCAGGCUCCGUUUGCAAAGGUGAUUAAAAGGGCGGUGGGGGAUAGGAUGUUGGUUGGUGCAGUGGGGAUUAUUGCUAGUGGGAAACAGGCGGAGGCACUUUUGACGGGGAGGGGUGGGAAGACAGGAAUUGCUGGGGAAGAGGAGAAGGAAGAGACGGAAUUGGAUUUGGCGAUUGUGGCGAGGGGAUUCCAGAAAAAUCCGGGAUUGGUUUGGCAGUGGGCGGAGGAACUUGAUGUUAAGAUUAUGGUUGCGCAUCAGAUAAGGUGGGGAUUUAGAGGUAAGGGUGGAGGAUUUUAGGAGGUUUCACUUAGUGGUGUUCGAAGAGAGUGAGAUGAUGGGACAGAGGAGAAAGGGGGUUAGGGUUGAGCGGGGAGGGCUAGUAAGGAGUUGGAUUAUGAAAUCAGGAAAGUCGAGAGAUAUACAAGGGGUUGGUUUCUAUCCUUCACACUCAUGAUGGAUCCUGUUAAAGAUAAUUUGUUUCUUUACUCCUAUACACGUGUAAUUUUCUAUUUCACUUCUUUUAGCAUUGGUUUUCUUUUCUCGCCAUGUCUCUUUAA